UGAGCAUAGAUAAACAAUCUUUUAUUCCAAGCUACCUUAAAGAUGCAUUUAUAGAAAAACUUCAAAAUCCAAAUCAUCUAUUAUAUCUACUAAUGUGCUUCAAAGAAUAUUUGUCAAAGUAUAUUAAGUGUAUGGAUAAUAAAUUAAUGAUUAAAUAUAUAGGGCCUGGUGAUAGUAAUAAUCAAUCAGAAUCAAUUUCUACUGAUUUUUCUAUUUCACCUAAAAUUUUGUUAUAUUAUUUUGAAGUUGAUAUUAUAGAUAAAGGCAAAACUGGAAUUGGAUUUACUAAAAAUUUAAACAACCUUAAUAUUUUGCCAGGAUGGUGUUCUGGUUCAAUGAGAUAUUAUGGUAACAAUGGAUUUAAAUUAGAUAAAAAUAGUCAUUAUGAAGCAUAUGGUCCUUUAUAUAGUACAGAAGACACUAUUGGUUGUUGUAUCAAUUUUGUAUAG